AUGACCGACGUCAAAGCUCCAGUGUCUGCCUCAGUCUUUUCAGAGCAUAGCCAUUUCCCCAUUGGACAUGCCCCGGUGCUAGCUUCAAUAUCGACGUCUAGCCCUGCUGCCGAACAGGCUCCCAAGUUGGAUGAUGCUCAGAGCCGGGCAGCAACAGAAGUCAACAAAAGCACUGGGACCAAGCCUGAAGCAAAGACGGGAGAGGAGCCUGUCAAAGAUGCCGUCGACAAGGAGUCUGGCGGCGUGACGGAGACCCCGCCGGCUGCAGAGCCUUCCGAGACGCCAAGCGCAGCCGAGAAGGAGGUUGCGAUCUUCGAGCCCCUUGUCUUAGCAGUUGUCAAGGACGAUGCGCCAGAUGUUCCGGCGACAGCUACAGGCGCCGUCACCGCCGAGGCAGCUGUUGGCGACAAGCGCAAGGCCGACACAGAAGACCAGCCGGCUGACGACGGGGUUCUCCCGCUCACAGAAGACGGCCACACAUCGGACGAACUUGGCGAGUCGGCGGCCAAGAAGGCCAAGAUCGAGCUGGCGACGCAGACGGAAUCGAGUGCUGCGAGUGACGAGGCCGACCCGGCAGUCGUCGGCUGCUCCACAGCAAAUGGCGCCCACGCGAAGAAGGGCGCUGGUCGCACCAAGAAGGAGAAGAAGACGAUUGUCCCGGCAGUGGGAAGAACCGCCCGCAAGACACGCAGCCAGGGUCCCGUGGACGCCUGA